AUGGAUGACAAUCAGUCAUCCAGUGGGUCUGAAAACUUUGUGUCAUCAAAUGUCCAGAAGAACGACGUCAUAGCAGACGACUAUCUUGCCGUCGAACUAAUAAAUUCCGGAUACUCUGGUGAAGUGUGGAGAUGCGAAAGUAAAAGCUGUGCCCGCGUCGUCGCGAUUAAAGUUAUGUAUACCGUCGGUGAGAGUGUGCGGGCCACCCGUGCCGCGCACGUAUCUGCAUUAUUGAAAAAUUCUUCAUCUGUGGAUGCAAGUUUUAUUUGUGGUCUGGCGGAAACUGUCUUUCACCUCCGUCAUCCUUGUCUCGUAUUCGAAUUGUAUGGAAUGAAUCUCAAGGAAAUGAUAACAAAGGAAAAUGUGCUUCCCCUUCCUUUGUUCCAAAUCAAGGCCAUAAUGUGGCAAGUAUGUAACGGUGUGGCAUCGCAUACGGACAUCAAGCCUGAGAACGUCGUUCUCGUCGAUGACCAAACGACUACUGUGUCUGAUAUCAGUCCAGAUGGCGCUUUUUACAACAAAAAUACGUGUUUGAAGAACGUUGUGUCUAAUGUCCAAAUCAAAAUCAUUGACCUCGAAGAUUCUGUCACAAGUCCUCGUAACCUCCAUUUUGUCCCCGGUACAAUGGGGUAUCGUGCUCCGGAAGUGUAUGGUGGUGUCGGUUGGGGUUUCCCUGUCAAUGUCUUCGCUGUCGGAUGUUUAACAUUCGAGAUCUUUACGGGUUUGUCAUUGUUUCCGAAGACAGAUGAUGUUCGGGAGUAUUUUUUCUGUAUGGAGAGGCUGCUUGGACAUUUCGCUCCGGGUCAGGCUCAAGAUAUCAGUGAAAUGCAUCCAGCGAUAUUCCGAACUAAAACUAGGGUCCCGAAAGUCCGUGGCGCAGCAAUCAAUGCUAAAGUUUGCAACAAGCUUUUGCGCCAUGUGGCCGAUGUCAAGUGGUUCAAGAAAUCAAUCAACCAGUCAGACGCAGUGGAAUUUAUAUCUAUGUGUACUGCAGUCGACCCUCAUCGCAGACUCACUAUCGAAUCCGCUCUACGCCAUCGGUUUUUCACGAAAUUUUCGCGUGUCAAGUUAAACUAG